UCCCUACUCCCUAAACUACUUCUCUCUCUAAACUCUCCCUCUCUCCUUUGGAUUACACGAAACCCAAGGGGAUUUGGCCUCUCUCUCUCCCAAACUUUGCCGCUGGUUUCUCCUUCCCCAGGCUACGCCAGUAGCUGCCGGCCGACCGGUACCAACUCGGUAUCAAAUAAUCAUCUUCGUGCUUGAAGAUGAAGAUGAUUUCUUUUGAAGAAAGCCACCGCAGUUUAAACUCUUUAGAGCCACCUUUGACAAGGAAAUCUUCAACCGCCGCAAGAGAGAUAUGCGAGGAGCUUAUCCCAAUAACUGUGUGUGAGAGUUUACCAGCAAGAGUACAUUCUUCCUCUGCAGAAAAACAUUAUGGAUGGGGAACCUUUGUGGAAACCGCAUGACUCACUCGGAGGUUGUUGAAAUCAUCUUUUAGUCCGAGAACAAAUUUUUCUUGGGUAG